UGCUAGAAUUGUGGGCAGUGUUUGCAUUUAGUCUUCCAGUGGUGUCUGUCUGGGAUCUGUGAUGUAGGCUUGAAAUGUGUGUUCCAUAGAGAAGAUAUGGGAAUCAGAUGAAAUAACAACUAUGAAUGGAAUUUGAAUUCUGUCUGUUAUACAAAGAAGGACCCGGUCACAGUGAGUGAGGGCCUACCUCGGUGACUUCAUUGUACUUAGAAGGCCCUGUGUGCAGGUAGUUACAUUCUGAGGUACUGGGGGCUGGAACGUCACAGUGUAAGAUCUGAAGGGGAUACAGCUCAGCCCAUUACCACUGAGGGAAUUAACGCUGUGGAUCCCAUGCUCCAUUCCAUAGUGAAUCCACCACCACCGUCCUGGGUGAUACGAGUGGUCCUGAUGCAAUCAGCUGAAAGGCUUUAAGGGCAGAACGGAAGCUUCCCUGGCAUAAGAAUUCCACCUUUUGGAUCCACCUGUGGGUAAUAAAAUCUGCUCCUGCCUGAGGGUCCCAGCCUGCCCUCCUGAUGGCCAGUCCCCAACACUGGGAGUUCUCUGUGAUCCAACAGACAGUUCAGGAUAUAGGGUCCGAGGAUGAAUGUUCACCGUGGCAGUGAGAGCGACAGGUUACUGCGGCCAGAGGCCAGCUGCACAGUGGAUGAUGGUUCCUCAGCUGCGGCUCAAGAGAAAGAAACGAGCAGCCUGGCUUCAUCUGGUCUUCACAAUCUCACGUACCCCGUAGGUCCCAGGAAUGAAGAUCUCUCGCCUGACUACGCCUCUCCGCCAGCAAAUCUUCAGUUCUCUCACAUGCUGCCGCUUCCUGAGGACAUCAAAGGUUCUUGCUUCCCGAGCGGGAGCAAGCGGAAUCACGAACCCUUUAUUGCUCCAGAAAGAUUUGGAAAUAGCAGCGUGGGCUUUGGUAGUAACGCUCAUUCCCACGCGCCAGAGAAAGUGACACUUCUGGUAGAUGGCACGCGGUUUGUUGUGAAUCCACAGAUCUUCACUGCUCAUCCGGAUACCAUGUUGGGAAGGAUGUUCGGACCAGGAAGAGAGUACAACUUCACGCGGCCCAACGAGAAGGGAGAGUACGAGAUUGCCGAAGGAAUCAGUGCGACUGUGUUUCGCACGGUGCUGGAUUAUUACAAAACUGGUAUCAUCAAUUGUCCGGAUGGCAUCUCUAUCCCAGACCUCAGAGACACCUGCGAUUACCUCUGCAUUAAUUUUGACUUCAACACUAUCCGGUGUCAAGAUCUGAGUGCUUUACUGCACGAGCUGUCUAACGACGGCGCUCACAAGCAGUUUGACCACUACCUCGAAGAGCUCAUUCUGCCCAUCAUGGUGGGCUGUGCCAAGAAAGGGGAGCGAGAGUGCCACAUCGUCGUGCUGACGGGCGAGGACUCCGUGGACUGGGACGAGGACCACCCCCCGCCCAUGGGAGAAGAGUAUUCCCAAAUUCUUUAUAGCUCCAAGCUCUACAGAUUCUUCAAAUAUAUUGAGAAUCGAGAUGUUGCUAAAACAGUGUUAAAGGAACGGGGCCUGAAAAACAUUCGCAUUGGGAUCGAAGGUUACCCUACCUGUAAAGAAAAAAUAAAGAGAAGACCUGGUGGGCGGUCUGAAGUUAUCUAUAAUUAUGUGCAGCGUCCCUUUAUCCAGAUGUCAUGGGAAAAAGAAGAAGGAAAGAGUCGACAUGUGGAUUUCCAGUGUGUUCGCAGCAGGUCCCUCACAAACCUGGUAGGUGCCAGUGAGGACGUCGUGGAGGACCCGGAGGUCCUCAUGCACCACCCACCGCAAGUGGACGAACUCGACCGGCUCAAUGCCCCCCUUGUCCCCAUGGUUUCUAAUGACUUCCAGGAUUAGGGCAGUCACGGGUCCACCCUCCCCGGGGCCAGGCUCCCAUCCUCCCCGUGGUUGUGUCACCCUGACCCGCGCCUCCCCUACCUCUGGCCUUCUCGUAAUUAACGUGCGUCCCCCUCUGUAAGUCUGCGACUCUGGCAGGGGAUGAAGAAGCGCCCUGGUGAGCUGGCUACCAGCUCUGCAGCAGCCCUGGCGGCAUGAAGAAUUGGGGUCUGGUGCUGUCACCGAGUUGGAUAACUGCAAAGGCCGGAAAGGAAGUCAAGACUCCUGUUGCCUCAUAGUUAGCAAGGCAGCCCUCAUCCUUUCCGCUCUGUGGUUGCGUUUGUUUUGUCUUAGAUCAGGCACAUGCAUAGGAAGCAGCAAAGGGACCAAAGGCAAAGAGAGACAAUCUCUGUCUUCUGAAAGCUGGCACCGAGAUGCUCAGAGGUUAAUGGAAUCCCAUUCCUGGGGCCUCUGCACCCAGACUACAUCUAGAGAGAACAGGCUCACUCGAAAUCCCAAAAGGAAAUUCCUAAGAGCUGAAAUUAUUUCCUCAUUAAUGCAGUGAACAAUCCAAAACCACACAAGACAAGUUCUUUGGCAGGAAGAAUGACUUAAUGAUGUUCCCGAAACCUUUUUAGCUCAAGGUGUAGGAACUUAAAUUGCUGACUGAUUGGGAAAGAGUCGAGUCCAGGGCUUCUCCGGAGCAGGCUGAGUGCGUUCUCCUGGCCGGGCGUCCGGGGCAGCACAGUGCGAGGGUGUGGGUGUGUGCAGGGGAGAGCGGAGAGGUUCCUCACCGGUGCCAGCGUCUCAGAUUGCUAAGAGCACCUGAGAGGGCAUUUGGAGUGAGGCUGGCUGGGAGACGUCACCAGCAGGCUGUCCCAGGGCAGGAUUUCUCAAAACAGGUUCUCAUACUGGGGAGUUUCUCGGAGGUAUCAGUACAUUUUUAUUUUUAAAAUAUCCUAGUAACUACUCACUGGGUAAGAAAACGGUGGUGUGGUCCCCAAAGGAAGGGCGCGUUGAAGGUCCAGGUGUUGCCUGGCUGCUGUCAGCUGUUAACACCGCACGGUGGAGGACAGGCCAGGUCAGUCUCCCCGGACCCCACCCUCUGACAGCUCUGGUUGGUAGCAGCAGAGCAAAAUUUAGUUCCAGAACCAAACGGUGUUGGGAGAGCGUGUCCCGCUUCUGGUCAGAGUUGCCCUUCUCGGCGUUUACCCACCGUAGAUUGUGAUCGGGCACAGUUUCCUCCCAGUUCUUCAGGAACACCAUGAGUUUUCUUAAAUUCCUUUCCCAUAAGAUGCUGUAGGGCAGGCUACUUGAUUUCCUCCAAAAUCAAAGCAGGGUGUUGAGAGCCCCCUUUCCGCCUGGCCUGAGGGAUAAAUGUUUUCUUUUCGACUCCAGCUCAUGGCUGUUCUGCCUCCACCUCCCAAGUGCUGGGGUCACAGGCCGGAGCCACUGCCCACGGCUUAAGAAUGUGUUCUGUUUUGUUUUCUGGUACUGGAGAUCAGGGCUGUGUUCCUCACUGGGAAAAAACAGCAGUCAAAACGGAGCCAUAUGUCACCUAGCGUUCUGAUCACCACUGGGUCUGUUUGUGGGGCUGAUGGCAGGGUAGGGGUGAGGGUUAUUUGAGGUCAGGCCUAGCUUUGGCCUUCCCAGAAGCAGGUCCAUACCCACUAGCAGCUCACCUGCCCAGGUGCUUCCUUCACACCCUGCCCUCGCGGAGGAAAUUUGAGUCACCCGGUGUGAGGUAACUUCUCGUUUAAGCGUGAACGUGCCACAGCGAACACUUUAGUUCUUGCUUAGGUACAAAGUUAGGAAAGUUGGAGAUGUACCUGACACUCUAUUUUGUGUAACUGAUUAUUUUUCUUGGGCUUUUAAGAACUAGGUGUCUUCCCCCCCCCCCCCGCAUUCUACGUUAACACGCUUUUGGCCCCAACCAGUACAGUCUGAGGACAAGGAACUCGGGUUAAUCUGCAGGUGUCAUCAAGCAGUGGCGACUAAACGAAAGGGGACCACAGGUUCCUUCUGGCAGAGAGCAGCUUCUUCUGUACCCCUCCCCCCACUGCUGCCUAGACCUCAGCAUCGCCGUAACUCGGUGGCCCCUCCGUCCCUGCAGGGAUGCGGGCCGGGGGCUGCAGUCAACCCUUCAGUCAGUUGCUGGCCAGAUAGGCAAAAGCUGGAACUUGUGUUGGGUGUCUCUUCUAAGUGCCUAAUUAAGUAAGCCAGGCUGUUUGUACAUUUUUGUAAGAAAUGGUUUUACCCAGAGUAUCUUAGAGCUUCUCAGCAAGCCAAGAUGAACCAGACUUUAAGGUUUAGAGUUGUCUAGGAGCAUUAGCCAUUGAGGGCACAAAAAGACAGUGUUAAAAUGUCACAUUAUUGCCGGGCAUGGUGGCGCACGCCUGUAAUCCCAGCACUCGGGAAGCUGAGGCAGGAGGAUCGCUG